AUGUCCUCCAUCACCUCCGGCCGUCGCCGCCGACUCCGCCGCAGCGGCGAGGUGCGGCCGUCCGCCGACUGGGCGGAUCUGCCCAUCGACGCGCUUCUGUCUGUGCUCCACAAGCUGGAACCUAUCGAGCUCAUGGUGGGCAGCGCGGGCCGGGUGUGCCGCUCCUGGCGCCGCGCCGUGCGCGACGAGCCCGAGCUCUGGCGCCGCAUCGACAUGCGCGUCCGGAAAGAUCGCCGCUACCGGAUUGACGAAGGCACGGCGAGGGAGGCCGUCCGGCGCGGGUCGGGGCGGUGUGAGGCCUUCUGGGGCGAAGACGCUACCGACCAUUUCCUCCUAUUCCUUGCCGAGCAUGCACCAACUCUAAAGAGCCUUCGCCUCAUAUCUUCUAACCACAUCAGUAACGAAGGGUUGAUCGAGUCAAUCAACAAGUUUCCUAUGCUUGAGGAGCUUGAGCUUUCAUUUUGUAAGAAUGUUUUCGGGAAGGUCUACGAGGUUAUCGGCAUAGCUUGCCCACGUCUGAAAUCUUUCAGACUCAGCUUCCCUUGCUUCUAUAGCAUUGAGGAUGCCGAAUACAAUAAGGAUGAGGAAGCUAUGGGGAUUGCAACAAUGUCCGCGCUGCGCUCCCUUCAACUCUUUGGCAGCGAACUCACCAACAAAGGAUUGACAUCGAUCCUCGACAACUGCACUCACCUGGAGCACCUGGACAUCCGUCAUUGUUUCAAUAUCUACUUUGAUACCGCCCUGCGUGCAAAGUGCGCUAGAAUAAAGACGACGAGGCCUCCUCACGGCUCAACCGAUGACUACGAGUUCUAUAUUGGAAACCCAGUUCGAACACGCGCAAGGAAAACUCGACGAGAUUACGCAUUCUUCGGAAAUUCGAUAUAUAGAGGUUUUCAAGUAGUACCAUGACAGCUUUCUGGUCGAGGAAGCGAGAGCACAUAUUGUUUUUUCUUUUCUUUUCUGGAGUCUUAACAGUUUGCUGUCUGCUUUCAAUAAUCAAUUCUGAAUUCUGAUCACUAUGAUGAUCAAUGCGAUGCUUAUGAUCACUGCCUGAUGAUCAAUGCGAUGCUUAUUGUCAUUA